AUGUAUUCGAUGCCCAACGGAGAGCAGGAGCAGGACCCGAAAGGGGAGGCAAGCGGAGGUGAAAGCGGCGAGUGGCAUUCUGACGGUGAAGGGGGCGAGGAGAGCGACAACCCGAGUGAUGAAGAAGAGGUCGACUCACCUCCCCGCAGGGAAAGGCGGUCCAAGCUCACCCACGAUCCGGCAAGCGCCCGCGACAAGGUGACCGUUCAGACCAGGCAGUCGUCAAAGCGUCCUCGGACGUCGUCUCCGGCGCCGACUGAAAAGGCCCCGAAGCAGUCCAAGGUUGUAGUGCCGAAGACUCGGAAAGCGCUGCCCAGAAUCAAAAUUGACAUCCCUAUUGCCUCUGCUGCCGCUACCUCUGGGACCUCUGCUUAUAAAAACGAGGAUGAGGACAUGGAAGAUGCGGUCACCUCCAACCCAGCUCCUCUCAACGUCAUUGACCUCCCCGACGAGGACGAGGACGAGCCACAGAGGCCCUUGGGGAGAAGAAACAGGAAAACGUCCGCUAGCAAGACGCCUCAGUCAACACCGGUGGCAGAACCGAUUCAACUCAACCUCGAUCUGGAACUGGCCAAGACAAAUCUGCAGAAGGCCAAGGAUGAAGCUGCUGAGAAAAUGAAUCAAGCUUUGGCGAAAAAGGACCAAGAUCUUGCGGCCGCCCAGAAAGCAGCUGACGAGAAAACUGCACUCGCCGAACAGAAGCUAGCUUCAAUCGGCAAACUGGAGGAAGAAAACGCCAAGCUGAAAACUGCCCUUGAUGAAGCCAAUAAGGAAGCAACCCGUCUGAAGAAGGAUAAGAACAAUCUGAACGAUAAAAUGGAAGGCAUUGCUCGCAAGAGGGACGAUCUGGAGAAUUAUCUGGGAGAAUUUUGCCGGAACUUCGAGGAAGAGACUGGGCGAGAUGAGACAAGCUUGGACUCCAUCCAUUCUCCGGUGAAGGACGAGGCUGACAUGAAUGUACUGCGGUUGGAAUCUCAUGUUGCUGGUGUCACCGCAUCAGAGCCGGAGGAACUGGCAAGGAUUUCUCCUGCACUCCAAACCCCACUGCCCAACCGGGCCGGAGCCACCCAGCCAACUCGACGCCCACCAGCAUGCGCCACCGCGGUCUUGGCACCACCCACGCUGCCUCACUGCGAUCACCACCACGAGGCCAAGAGGACGGAGAAAGAUGCACCAGGCAUCGGGAGCAGCAGCACCGCAGCCGCGCGGGAGGGAACCACCUCCACUGCCGUCGUGAGGGAGGCCCGUGCCUCCGGUCGCCGUCCAGACGCGGCAGCAGGGCAUACCAAGCCACCCCUGGCUCGGCCAAGCCCAAAACGGACCCAUAAAGCCCCACUGGCCACGCUGCAGCAGGUCGGCGUCAGCGCCGCCAGCACCCACUCGCCCAUCGCCGCUCCCCGCCGCCGGCCCGCCCAGACCAGAUUGGGCCCAAAGGGCCCAAAUCUGGGUCGAGCAGGCGCCGCCAGAUCGCGCCGCUACGCCACCCCGCCGCCCAGCAAAUCGCCCGCGACCACAACGAAGGGCCCCGCUGCUGCCUAG